UAGUUUGUUUCAUUUGGUAAUCAUGGCCGAUCCAUUAUCAUUAUUACGACAAUAUCAUAUGCGUAAAAAAGAAAUUGUCGAAAGAGAUGGAAUGAUUUGUUUCGGUGAAUAUUGCUGGCCCAAACAAACGAAAACAAAUUACCUAAUCUAUAGUUCUUCACGUGAUGGACCAAAUAAAAAUUAUUAUACGCUCGAAUGUCUGGUAUAUUUUCUUCGUAAUGUUCAUCUACAACAUCCUACCUAUGUUAAACAGGCUGCUUCGUUUGAGAUUCCCGUCGUUCAAAGACCGGAUCGUAAAGAUUUACUUGCCUAUCUUAGUGGUGAGACAUCGACAUCGGCAUCCAUUGACAAGUCGGCACCAAUCGAAUUGCCCAUCAGCAUUUCACAGCUGAAUAAAGAAAGUGGCCAUCAACAGAAUCUAUCUGGUCAUCCUGGCGGCAUGACUGGCUCAUCGAUCGAUGGUCAAGAUGGACCACCAGCAAGCAAAUUGGCUCGAUUGGAUGAGAUGGAAAAAGUUCGUAAACAAUUUGCCGCACGGUUAGAUGCACCGAAAAUUAAAAAGUCAUUACCAACGGAUCUAUUGAUCGGACAACAUGGUUCAAAUUUGGCCGGUGGUAUCGUUGGUGGCAGUGCUGCUGUUGGUGAUUCAAAUACAACAUCGCUUCGUGAUUCAAUGAGUAAUGAACAGAUUGCCGCAUUGAAAGCUAAACGUUUGGCUAAAAAACGUUCGACCAUCAUUGAUGCCGAUACCGAUCUGGAAGGUGCUCAAGCAUUAGGACUGAACAAUACAGCAGCCGAUCAUUCAGUGUUAUUACAAUAUGAUUCAAAUUUUACCAAAGAAAUUCAGAAUAAAGAACGUGUAUGGCGUAAUCGAACGAAUGUAUUACAAUCAUCGGGAAAAAAUUUUCAGAAACCAAUAUUUUUCCUAUUACAGUCGAUUAAAGCACGUGAAGAUAAUGCAUUAAGGAAUCGUGGUAAUGGCGGUCUUGGUGCUGCAAACAAUUCCAUACAUUCGUCAAAUCAAAUGAAUCGAUUGAAUUCCUCGACAACAUUAUCAACAUCGUCAGUUAUAAUGUCGACAACAUCAUCGCAAGUAAAUAAUGGCCAGCCAAUGGGUGUCGGUGGUUAUAAUACUAAUAACAAUGGUGUUGCACCAAUACAACCAUCAACACAACCGUUAGCGAAUAAUGGUCAGCAACAACAAACAGCGCAACAAUAUAAUCGUUAUGAUCAGGAACGAUUUGCUAAAAAUGAUUCGGCACUAGGUUUCAGCAUCGAUACGACCAGUACAUAUCAUGGUCUUACAUUGAAAAGUGUGACUGAAGGUUCGACUGCACCGAAAACCGUUUCCGGUUCAACGGUGACCGGUCUGUUGAUGCAGAAAAAUAAUGCACUUGUAUCGAAUAACAAUGGUGGUAAUCAUCAUCAAAAGCCACAGAAACGGCCCUCACGAACACCGAUCAUAAUUAUACCGGCAACGAAUACAUCACUGAUUACGAUGUAUAAUGCAAAGGCCAUAUUACAAGAUUUAAAAUACAUGGAUUCCAAACAAUGCGAUCAACGACGUGAAAAUGAAAUGCUCAUACAAAGAAGGAAACCGGAUAACACUACUGUUCCGUAUCGAAUCAUUGACAAUCCAUUGAAAUUAACACAGGACGAAUGGAAUCGUGUGGUGGCCGUUUUUGUUCAAGGACCAGCAUGGCAAUUCAAAGGUUGGCCGUGGAAUGGUAAUCCGGUGGAAAUUUUCGCACGAAUAAAAGCAUUUCAUUUAAAAUUUGAUGAAAUGAAAUUGGAUAAUAAUGUGGCCAAAUGGUCGGUGGAAAUUAUUGAACUAUCACGUAGUAAACGACAUUUGGAUCGGGCAAAUUUAUUGAAAUUUUGGUCAUUAUUGGAUCAACACAUUGCCAAACAUAAGCACAAUGUAGUUCGAUAUUAAAUCGGCUUCUUUUUCGCCAUCAUCAUCAUCAUGCAUUUCAUUUACUCUCAACAAUCAAUUACUAAUCACAAUUUGUUAAAUUGACAUUGAAAAAAACAUGACCACAUUGGUCUUGAUUUGAUUCUAAAUGUAAAUAAUAAUUAUGUUAUGUAUAAUGUAAUCCAUUCAAAUAAAUAAAGUCCAAUGAGUUUGAGUUUGA